UCCAACCUAGAUCCUUUGACUCACUCUCAUUGUCUUGGACUCAGCUAUCGCCCGAGAGGAUGGAGGAACUCAGUAAUACUCAAAGGCUUUUGAGUGAUGGACCCGGUUCAUCAGCGAAUUCCAAGCUCUCCCUGUCCCCAAGCACACCCACCAAACGCGGGAAAGUAGUUCGAGGCCGCGAAAAUGUAUCGCCUACGCCAAGCCCCGCUUCCCCGCCGCGAUCAUUGUACCGAUCACCCUUAGCCGGGAGUGUGAAAGCCCGUGGUCCCCCACGCGAUGCCUUCCAAAUGUUACUGGCUCCUAAGCCCCGUACAGUUCCUGCGGUUUCAAAGGAAGAAAUCGACCGGUUUUAUGAAGGGGAAGCAGAAGAGUCUGAUGACGAGGCUCCCUUCGGGCUUCCAGUCACCACCCAGGAUGAGGACGACGAUGAGGCCGACGGUGAAGAAGUCGUUAAAGAACUUGUCGAUGAUCGCGAGAUGAACGAAGAAACGGAAGCCAGACAGCUGGUUUACGAAAAACACCAGGAGCUUGAGAAAGUUGAUGACGAGAAGAAUUUGAAGAUUGCGCAAAAUGCGGUCGACGGAAAGUUUAGAGCUGGGACAAAACGUAGACGACGUGGUAUUGAUGGUGCAGGCAGCGAUAGUGAUGGCAGCGACGACGAAGUGGUCCGCCGUGCGAAGCCACCCAAGAGGAGGAAUAUCGCCGGUGAUACUUUACCUGACUUAGGUGACCCAAGGAUCCAGCCACGCUUCCAUUCUUUCAGGCAUAUCAAAGUGGUAUCUUGGCUGAUGAUAAUGACCUCUUGCCAUUGGCCGAGGAGAAACCUGAAGAAAGCGAAUCAGAGGACGACGAUGAGCAAGAUUCGCAACAAUAUAUCGGGACUGCGGAGCUUCAGAGGAAAAUCCGAGAGAAAGAGUGGCUUGAGAAACCCAACGCUGUCACGGACCCUGACGAUAUCUCCUGGCUUGUUGAGCGGGAAGAUUCGCAGAUAUUCGAUGUUGACGACGUUGUGACAGUUUCACCAGCUAAACGUCCUAUCCCGGUGGUCAGCGGCGG